AACUCCAAAAUGCAACUUGUCAUCUUUCUGAUCAGGCACUCACCGAACUCAAACACAAACUUAACCCACAGCUACCAGAACCCUAAAGCCUAAAACUUUCUCUCUUUAAUAACAUUCUGGCUUAUUCACACUUACUCAUCCAUGUCUCAGUGGGCAGAUGUUUUGUCAAGGAGAAGUUAAAAUGAUGCGUCGUAUUGCUGGUUGAAAUAGAAAGAUCUUAAUUUGGAGGAACUGGUUGGUGGGUGACUGCUGUUAAAUUGGCAUCAAUGGCGGAGUUGAUUGGGCCAAGAUUGUACAGUUGCUGUAAUUGUAGAAACCAUGUUGCCCUUCACGAUGAUGUUAUUUCCAAGGCUUUUCAGGGAAGACACGGCCGAGCCUUUCUGUUCUCUCAUGCCAUGAACAUUAUGGUCGGGCCAAAGGAAGACAGGCAGCUAAUGACUGGCCUCCAUACAGUUGCUGAUGUCUAUUGCUGUGACUGUCAUGAGGUGCUUGGUUGGAAAUAUGAACGAGCUUAUGAGGAAACUCAAAAGUACAAGGAAGGGAAGUUCAUACUCGAGAAGUCCAAAAUAGUCAAGGAAAACUGGUAGCAGCAUGCCUGCAGCAUUCUGUUCACCUCAUUGUGUCGGUGCGCAAGUGUAUGGAUGCUACUACAUAUUCAUGUUGUCUAGGACCAAGAAAAUCUCAUCAAUUGCAAAUAUUCUCUCAUUGUUCCUCGAUGUGCAUUCUUGCUGUUUUCUUCCUGUGGAUAUGUAUGAAGAUUUUAUUUUAUUUUAUUUUUUGAAAUUAUGUAUGAAGAUUUUUAGUUUGUCAAUAAGUUGUGAAUAAUUCUGUGUUGCGUUGUUA